CAAUUGGGUAAUUGUAUCGGCAAAGGCCAGUUCGGUUCGGUAUACAAAGCACUUGACUUGGCUACCGGAGAAAUUGUGGCGGUGAAGCGACUUAAAGUUGGUGAAGACGGUAUGCUCGAUCAAGAGAUCAUGAAAGAAGUCGCAUUGUUGCGUACGCUGUCACAUACAAACGUCAUCAGUUACCUCGGCUUCAUUCGAAGUAAAAACCAUAUCAACAUAGUACUCGAAUACGCAGAAAAUGGAUCUCUCAUGUCGACAUUAAAGGCCUUCGGCGCAUUUCCCGAGAAACUCGUAGCUUCAUUUUGUGUUAAGUUACUAAAUGGACUCGAAUAUCUUCAUGCAAACUCGGUUGUCCAUUGUGAUCUCAAAGCUGCCAACAUCCUUACCACGAAAACUGGCGAUGUCAAACUAUCUGAUUUUGGUGUUUCGUUGAACUUAAAAAUCAAGGAAAACAUUGAUGAUGGUGCCAUUUCCGGGACCCCCAACUGGAUGGCACCUGAGGUCAUUGAGCUGAAAGGAACGACGCCCAAAUCGGACAUCUGGUCACUUGGAUGCACAUUAAUUGAGCUGGCGACGGGCAAACCCCCAUAUGCAAAUAUGAUUGCUAUGUCAGCCAUGUUCCGCAUUGUUGAAGACGAUUAUCCACCUUUACCGGAGAGCAUCUCGGCCGAAAUGCGAGACUUUUUGUUGAGCUGCUUUCAAAAAGAUCCAGACCAUCGGCCUAGUGCAACAAAACUCAAGCAGCAUCCAUGGAUUCUUAAACAUAAGCAGCAAUGUCCUUCAUUAGUAUCCGAUAAAUCCUCCGCAGUGGCGCCUUCGUCAUCUUUUGUAUCUUUUCCUUCUUCUGCAUCAUCCACAUCGUCGCCAUCGUCGCAGCCAUCAACAUCCUCCUCUUCAUCUUCAGCACAUUGCUCUUCUCCUUUAAUUAGGAAAUCAUCAGCAGCAGCACAUCGAUUUAUUGUCACAUCCUUUGCUGCCGGAUGCAAAGUAUGCGGUGGAACCAUCGAUGAUCAAGUCACUUUCUGUGAGGUCUGUUCACUCAUGUGUCACGAGCAUUGUAAAUCUAAAGCAUUCUCUUGUCCACCCAAAGUGAACAAUCAACAACCAUCCUAUGACGUAAGUUUUCCCACCAGAGUAUAA